AUGGGACGGGUCGAGGUUAGGUUUUGCUUACCCCACCACCGCUACAUAUACACAAUGAUUCUUUUGAUCAUGUCUUCAACAACUUUAUGUGAGAGUAAGCCUAUGAUCAAUGUGAAGAGCACACCUGAGAAAAAGAAACUUUUGGCUAAGUUGGAGAGGUCUAAUAGGAUAAGUAUAAUUGUCAUCAAGAUGAUAGUCUUUGAACAUCUUUUGAGUGAUUUGCCAGAGAAAGUGACAGCCAAGGAGUUUCUUUACGCUCUAGGAGAGAGGUAUCGAGUAUCAGAUAAUGUUGAGUUUAGAUGUUUAAUGAAGCAGUUAAUGGACAUGAGAUAUGAUAAUGUUAAUGGUGUAAGGGAAUUAAUUGUGAAGAUGAUUCACAUCCAAACCAAGCUUAAAUCUCACAAAAUUGACAUUAAUGAGAAAUUCAUUGUUGAACAUGCCUUAAAUUGCCUACCCACUGAUUUCACACAAAUUAAACUUGCCUAUAACACCAUUGUCUGA